GCACGCCUCAGAUUUUUUGCUAGUGGCUGCCCAGCUAUAGCGAGGUCACACAUCGGGCAGCGUCAGACGACUUGAAAUCCAUCGGUCUCGGGCGUGCAGCGCUCGGCGAGAGCGCACCAGCACCGCACAGCCCGACAGAGGGGCAGCCACAAACAAGCAGCAGACUCCAUGGGCCGCCGCGGCAAAGCGAUCGGCGCCGCCGCGAAGAAGAGCCGCCGGCACCUCGACACCAUGCAGGCGAAGCAAAAAAAGCCACCGCCCGUGGCGCGGGGGGAGUGCCUGACGCUUCCCGUCGACGACCGUGUGGAAAUCAACCUGAACGCCAUCGAGCAGACGCAGCUACGGAAGCACAUCGAAAUUUGAUUUCCACACAGGUCGACGACGACCUCACAUCCAUAGAAGCGGCGGACCUGCCUUCACUAUUGCCGACGGCCACGGUCGUCGACGCGAGUCGCACGAAGGGCUACCUCCUGGACAGCGUCCACGUGCCCCAACACGAGUGGGACUUCCUCACGCCCGAGGCGCGAAAGCUGUGCGAGGCCAAUCGUAAAUUGAUCUUCCUCGACGUGAGGAGCGCGCGGGCUGUGAGAAGGGAGUAUCCGAAUUUGGACGUGGCCGUCGUGCGGGGCGGCUUCGACGCGUGUUUGGCGGCGCUCCCAUCGAAUCUAUUUCGAGGCGUGGACGAGGAGCGGCGCCUCGAGCCCUACUGCCUUUAUCUCAAAGAUAGGCGCCACCUCGACUGGGCGGCGGGUUUAGAUGACGAUGAGAGAGGGGCCGAGGUCCGGCGCAUGCACCGGCUGCCCGUCGACGUGACUCCAAACCUUUACUUGGGCGACGCCGGGUGCGCCGCCGACAUGGAACGGCUCAAAAGCUUGAGUAUUACGCACGUGCUCAACUGCGCCGCCGGCGAGACGCGCGACAUGAGUGCCGUUUAUCUUCAGCACGGUAUACGGAGUAUGGCCGUGGCCGCGAAGGACAAUGAAAACUGUGCUUUGUUGGAUGGCCACGUCGACGUCGAGGCCUUCCUAUCAAAAGCGCGGACGUCGGGAAGAGUCCUGGUGCACUGCGUCCAGGGUUUGAACCGGAGCGGCCUGGUGGUCGCGGCCGCGUUGGUAAGAGACGGCGUAUCUGUCAUUGACGCCGUCCGGACUUUGAGGGCGCGGCGGGGCAACGACGCCCUCUCGAAUACGAACUUCCAGCGGCGGCUCGUGCGCUACGCGGCUCGGCUCGGGCGACUCGGGCCGGUGCCUGACGUUGUGGUCUCGGAGGCGCGUCCCGCGGCGCCGGCGCCCGCUCCGCCGCCUACGGGGGGUUGCUGCCUGGUGAGCUAAGUUGUACUUGAUGUGUUCCUAGGUCGACCGGCCGACGCGCGCACGCGUGUUCCCUUAUGGGUUUCCCCCCAUUUCCUUGUACUAGUAAUCCGAA